AUGCUGCAUAUGACACCCGAAGAUUGGAUUGAGUUGAGGCGCAAAUAUCUCACCGAUGUGUGUGUAUGUGUGAUGGGUUAUCCUUCACGAAACGAAGCAGACCGAAUUGCAGAAACGGUUCGUUUUACGCUCCUUACACUGCUGGGUUUGAGCGCUACUGAAUUAGUCAUUGAAAAGAAUAUGGUGCAUUUUCAACCUUCGUAG